AUGGCAGACUUUGACGCUCCUUCAGGCCCGCCCCCGCCCAAGGUCCCCGAGGGCUGGGUCGCCCGGUGGAAUGAUCAGUACAAGGAAUGGUUCUACGUAAACACCUACACCAAGAAGUCACAAUGGGAGAAGCCCACCGAGCCCGCGCGGAACCCGGCUGACGACGGCCCGGACGGCCCCCCGCCAGGCUACACUCCCGGCACCGCCCCGGCGCCCACCGACGCGAAGACCAACCCCUUCGAGAACGAAAAGAAAGGAGCCGCUGCCGACUACGCCGCCGGCGGCUCCUCGGCUCCCGAGUCCGAGGACGCCCGCCUCGCCCGCCAGCUCCAGGCCGAGGAGGACGCGCGGCGCGGAUCCCCCGGCGCCGCCGGCAACAGCCCGUACCCGAACCAGCUCCCGCCCCGCGAGGGCGACAAGUCGCGCGGCCUGCUCGGCAAGCUGUUUGGCGGCGGCAAGAAUAAGAUCCCGGCCGGCCAGCAGCAGCAGCAGCAGUACGGGGGCGGCGGCGGCUACCCCGCACAGCAGCAGGGCCCGGGUUACGGCUCCCCCCCGCCUCCCCAGGGCUACGGCGCGCCGUACGGCCAGCCCUCGCCGCAGCCGGGCUACGGCGGCUACGCUCCGCCUCCGCCGCAGGGGUAUGGCGGGUACGGCCCGCCUCCGCCGCAGGGGUACGGCGGCUACGGCGCCCCUCCUCCGGGCGGGUACUACGGCGGCGGGGGGUACCCCAUGCAGCAGCAGCAGCAGCAGCGCCCCCAGAGGGGCGGCGGCGGCAUGGGCAUGAUGGGCGGUGCGGCGCUGGGCGUGGGCGCGGGUCUGCUGGGCGGCGCGCUGAUUUCUAAUGCGAUAAGCGACGGGCAGCAUGAUGCUUACCAGGAGGGAUAUCAGGACGGUGCUGAUGGCGGCGGUGACUUUGGUGGUGGUGAUUUUGGCGGUGGCGACUUCUAA